CGUACGAAGCAAAAUAGCAAAUGGAAAUCCAUGGCGGAAUGGCGUCUCUCCUCUGCAUCACAGCGCUGCUCUCAUUCACUCCGGCGGUAUCAGGCGCCACCACUGCUCCGCCGUUCUCAUGCGAUUUGUCGAAUCCAUCGACGAACUCGCUUCCUUUUUGCAACACCAAGCUGCCAAUUGACGCCAGGGCAAAGGACCUCGUGUCGCGCCUGACAAUGGACGAGAAGGUUCAGCAGCUAGUGAACACGGCGGUAUCCAUCCCUCGCCUCAACGUCUCAGCUUACCAGUGGUGGUCGGAGGCUCUGCACGGAGUUUCGCGCCACGGCAAGGGCGUCCGCUUCAAUGGCACAAUCAAAUCCGCCACUAUGUUCCCUCAAAUCAUCCUCACCGCCGCCUCCUUCGAUUCUAACCUAUGGUAUCGUGUUGCUCAGGCAAUUGGGGAAGAGGCGAGGGCGGUGUUCAAUGCAGGGCAGGCAAUGGGGAUGACAUUUUGGGCACCGAACAUUAACAUAUUGAGGGAUCCAAGGUGGGGAAGAGGUCAGGAGACGCCUGGAGAAGAUCCAUUAAUGGCGGGGAAGUAUGCAGUGGCGUAUGUUAGGGGAAUUCAGGGGGACAGUUUUGAAGGAGGGGGGCUAAAGGAUGGGCAUCUUAAAGCCUCUGCUUGUUGUAAGCAUUACACUGCUCAUGAUUUGGACAACUGGAAAGGAAUGAAUCGGUACAUUUUCGAUGCCAAAGUCAGCAAGCAGGAUUUGGCAGACACAUUCCAGCCGCCAUUCUGGGCAUGUGUGAAGGAAGGACAGGCCAGCAGCAUCAUGUGUGCUUAUAAUCGCGUCAAUGGAGUCCCCAGCUGCGCUGAUCGUGGCCUCUUAACCGAAACUGCUCGCCAACAGUGGGGUUUCCGAGGGUACAUUGCUUCGGACUGUGAUGCCGUUGCAAUUAUACACGACCAGCAAGGCUAUGCCAAAGAGCCCGAAGACGCUGUCGCAGACGUUCUUAAAGCUGGCAUGGAUCUAAACUGUGGUAGCUACUUGAAGACGUACACGAAAUCAGCCGUCGCAAAGAAGAAAGUAUCCGAAGCCGAGAUCGACAGAGCCUUGGAGAAUCUCUUCGCCAUCCGAAUGAGACUUGGACUUUUCGACGGAGAUCCGAGGAAGCUUCGAUAUGGAGACAUCGAUCCAUCGAAAGUCUGCAGCCAAACCCACCUCGAUCUAGCACUCGAAGCCGCAAGAUCCGGGAUUGUCCUUCUAAAGAACGACGCGGGUCUCCUCCCUUUCUCGAAGACCCACGUCGAGUCGCUCGCUGUGAUCGGUCCCAACGCCAACACGUCGAGCGUAUUUCUCGGAAACUACGAAGGCCUGCCGUGCAGAAACGUCACGAUCGUUCAAGCCAUCGGGAAGUAUAACCUCACCCGCGUUACGUAUCACCAGGGCUGCGACUCCGUCACCUGCGAAUCACCGUCGAUCGAUCAAGCCGUGAACAUAGCGAAACAGGCCGACUCUGUUGUACUCGUCAUGGGACUCGACCAAACGCAAGAACGGGAAAAGCUUGAUCGCAUCGAUUUGGGUAUUCCCGGAAAGCAAGAAGAUCUCAUUACCAGCGUUGCCGCCGCAGCGAAACGACCGGUCGUAUUAGUCCUGCUGACGGGAGGCCCCGUCGAUGUAUCGUUUGCGAAACGGAAUCCGAAAAUUGGUAGCAUUUUGUGGGUGGGUUAUCCUGGCGAAGCUGGAGGGAUCGCCGUCGCGGAAACGUUGUUCGGCGACAACAACCCAGGCGGUAAAUUACCGGUUACUUGGUACCCGAAGGAUUUUGCGAAAGUUCCGAUGACUGAUAUGCGAAUGCGAAGCGAUCCGUCGACUGGAUACCCGGGACGAACAUAUCGAUUCUAUAACGGUUCGAAAGUGUUCGAGUUUGGCCAUGGCCUUAGCUACUCAAAACACUCGUAUAAGUUUGAUUCAAUCGUCCCGUCGAGGAUUUUUCUAAACGAGAUGUUCGUUAAACGGGAAGAGGUUAAAAGACCCGGCUCGGUUCGAUACGUAUCGGUUUCAGAAAUUGGAAGAAAUUUGUGCGACGGAAUGGCGAUUGCAGUGCGGGUGAAUGUGAGGAACCGAGGGCGGGUGCCGGGGAAGCACCCGGUGCUGCUGUUUGCUCGACACGACGGCGGCGGUGACGUGAAGCCGGUGAAACAGUUGGUGGGUUUCGAGAGCUUGAGCUUGAAUCCCGGGGAGAGUCGACGGGUUAAAUUUACGGUGAAUCCGUGCGAGCAUUUGAGCUACUCCGAUCGGCACGGCUCGAUGGUGAUCGAAGCGGGCCGGCGGUACUUAACCGUCGCCGGCGCCGGCGCCGGCGGAAUGGGUCACAUUGACAUAGUGUUUUGAUUGUUUAUCGAUGAAGAAACCACCGCGAGAAAAUCAAAUUUGUGUUAUCAUGCACUUCUAAAAUGUAUUUUUAAUAAAAAU